AUGGCAUUAUGGACAACAAUAAAUUCUAAUUUAAAUGAAAAUUCAACUGAAACUUAUCCUUCUCAAUCGUUAGAUGAAGAUCGUAGUAUGCGUCUCAUGACUCUAAAAAAAGUUCUUAAUAUUGGCAUUAUCAAUCAUAUUCAAUUAGAUGAAAGAUUAGCUAGGAAUUUAAAUGUUAAAGGUAUCAUUCUAUUAUCAAAUACUGUUACAACAUAUAUUCAACCGAAUAAUUUAUUUAUUCCACAACCUGAUAUAAAUGUUCAAUUGGAACAAUCAAAAAAAGCUAUUCAAAACGACAUAUGUUCUCGAGUUGUUAACCAUAAAUCAGAUAGUAUAUCUGUUAAUAAUGAAAAUCAUGAACGACAUUAUUCAACAAAAACACCUUAUAAAUAUUCUUCAGAAAAAUAUAUCUUAAGUUCACCACCAACUGGUUAUAAACCAAUUUGUAUACAACUUCUUGCUCGACAUGGAAGUCGAACUUUAAGUAGUCGUGAUUAUGAUUUAGAAACGUUAACAGUUUGGCAAUUAGCUAAACAAAAGAAUAUGUUAACACCAUUAGGUGAACAAUUAAAAAGAGACAUAGAAUUAUUUAUGCAUGAAAAUAAUCGUGUCGGACGUGGAGAAUUAACUCAAAUAGGUAAAGAAGAACAUUUUGGUAUUGGAACACGUCUAUUUAAUCGUUUCAAAUCCUUAUUGAUUUCAUCGAAUACAAUAUCUGUUAUGACAAGUGGUAAAAAACGUGCAGUAGAUAGUGCACAAGAAUUUAUUAAUGGUUUAACAAAAUCUGAAUGUAAUAUUCAAAUAUCACAUGAAAAACCAAAUAAAAAAUUACUUUAUUUUCAUAAAUCAUGUACUAAUUAUAUGACAUUUAAAGAAAGUGAUCCACAUAUACAAACAAAAUUAAAUAUAAUUAAAAAUUUAGAACUAUCAAAAACACAUGCAAGACAAGUUUUACAAAGAAUUUAUAAAAAUGAAUUUAUUGAUUUAUUAAUCGAUGGAAAUUAUGAUAUUGAUUCUAAAGAAAAUAUUGAUUCUAGUGAAAAGAAAAUUAUAAAAAAUGAAGUGGAUGUUGUUUUAUGUCUCUAUAACAUGUUUUCGGUUGCACCAGGUCAAAGUCAAUCCGAUUUAGCUAAAAUGUUAGCGAAAUAUUUUAAUCAAGAAGAAUCAAAAUGGUUUGCUUAUAUCAAUGAUGCACAGGAAUUCUACGAGAAAGGUCCAUCUAUCGAAGGAACUACAGUUACAUAUGAUAUGGCAAAACCACUGUUCACUGAUUUUUUCUCGUCAAUUGAUGCAUGUAUUGAAAAAAACAAAAAUAUUGUUGCACAUCUUCGUUUCGCACAUGCUGAAAUAAUCAUUCCAAUAGCAACACUUUUACAAAUUCCUGAUUUUUCAGGCAAUGCAGUACAUCCUUUAGAUAUUUAUACAUAUGAAAACAAUCAUUGGAGGGGUGAUACAACUGCUCCAAUGGCUGCUAAUAUUCAAUGGGAAAUUUAUCAACAUGAAACUAAUCCUAAUCAAAUAUUAGUACGAAUGUUAUAUAAUGAAAUGGAAGUCAGAUUUAAACAAGAUUGUAAACCAUUGACACCUGGCUCUUUUUUCUAUGAUUUUAAUGAAUUAAAACGGUCAUAUGCAGAUCUUAUAUUACCAUCAGUUUCCGAUAUGAAUUGA